UUCUGUGUAGUGGGCCCUUCUUUAGUCGAAAAAGUUUGGCCCCGGAGUCAAAAAAGGUUAAGAACCCCUGAUCAAAAUGAUUGAUUUUAUACAUAAAGACUUAAGUUUGCUGGCCUCUCACAAGAUGAGUAUUGAUCCAUAUCUUAAAGUCUGCCUUCACUCUAAUAUGAAUGCACAGAUGUAUUUAUUGUUGUUGUUAUUAUUGUUGAACUGCAUUGCUGUUAGUAGUUUGUUACCUGAGUCAGCAAAAACCGCACAACAAAGUGAAUGAUAAAAUGAUUUCCUUAAAUACACACAAUCAUCAUUCCAGAAACCAAGUCCAAUGUCGGUGGAUUUCAGAGAUGAACGCAGCAGAAGAAUAUGAAGAAAGACGAACCAGGAAGCAGACGUCAAACGUAUUCAUGAACCUUGUGGAAGCUGGACGGCGCCCUCCCGCUGCGCACGCUGCUGGCGCCCACCAGGUAGGGGCCCGCGUAGGGCCGGUACUCCUUGGACCUGCGCUUGUGGUAGCUGAGGACGAAGACCACGCCGGCGGCCAGCAGGAGACCGCAGGUGGCCCAGCCGAUGAAGAGCGACGCCCCCAGCUCCCGCUUGCGCGAGUCCAUCACCGUGGGGUUGUAGAAGUCCCGAAUGACGGUGUGCGCCACCCAGCACACGGGGAUGAGCGCAAGCAGGCAGGCCAGCAGGAACAAGCUGGCGGCGAAGACCAGGGUGACGUUCUUGGCCCUCGGGUGGUCCUCGCAGCACGUGGUCCUCUUCAUGGUGAAGCCGGCCACGAACAAGGCCACGACCACCAGCACGCCGGCGACCACCAUGAGGCCGCGGGCAGCCUGCAGCUCGGGCGGCAGAAUGAGCAGCGAGUCGUAGACCUUGCACUGCAUCUUGAUGUCGGCCUGGUUGUAGCAGUUCAUCCACAGGCCCUCCCACAGCACCUCCAUCACGAUCAGGUUGGCGCCGAUAAAGGCCGACACCCUCCACAUGGGCAUGGCAGUGGCCGCCACCAGGCCGAACAGGCCCAAGAAGCCCAAAACCAUGGCCAGGAUUUCCAGCUUCGCCCUCAUGCUCCAAACGGCGGUGCGGUCUCGCCUCGGGUUAGCACCAGGCAGAAAAAGCAAAGCGAAAGAACUCAGCAGAUGUUCCCAAAAACAGGAACAGAAACCCAAAAGCCGGUCUGACGGGUUUGCCGAGUGAUACAGCUGAGCUGCCUUCAAGAGUGGCCAGAGGGGAUGAAGACUCCUCGUCCUCCUCUUCCUCACCAGCGAGGACCACCUUCCUCCUCCUCCUCCUCGUCACGUGGUGCCUCGAACGUCCUCACGAGCACGUGCAUCACGCACCAACACCGUAGGUUCUACAAGGUUCUAGCAGGUUUUAGCAGGUUGGAAUUUCUUCACGGAUGUUUGAGAGCAGCGAGCGGACUUCUCUGGAUUCUACUCGGCGUGUCUCCUUCCGCCGCAGGGGGGCGUCGAGCAGCGGGCGCAGCGGCGGCAUAAGUCCGCUGGAGCAGCAGAGGAGCCGGCGAGCAGGCGAGGCUGAGCAGCUUUAAUGAAGAAGCACAACUGCUGACCAACAGGGACCCUUGUCAACUAGAAUGGGGUCACCAUGGCAACCACUGCUCCUCUUCUCAGCCAUCACUGUUGUUUCAGAUGUUGCACUAGCGAUGGGGGCGCGGCCUAUUUCCUACGCUGCCCUGCUGAGAAUGAAAGCAGACAGCUCUUCUUUGCCACUCGGCCCCCGCGGGCGACCACGGCAACAUCUUGGUGGGCAGCAUCAUGGUGGGGGGCCCGCACUGCCCGACUGGUCCGUCUUUGCCAGCCACCCUCAUCCUGCUAUGAACCUGCCAGACCCUCAGGAGGACCACACAAGUCAAGAAAGCCAAGAGUUGGGACUAGUUUUCAUCCAGGAGCCCGAGGAUGUGAUUUUCCCUUUGAGCGGCGACGGCGACAACAACGUGAUGAUGCACUGCGAGGCGCGGGGGAACCCUCCUCCCACGUACAGCUGGUACGUGAACGGCACCAAGCUGGAUGUGGAGGCCCACCUGCGCUACAAACUCAUCCACGGCCACCUGGUGGUCGCCAACGCCAGUCAGAGCGCCGACUCUGGGAAGUACCAAUGUCGCGCCCACAACGCUUUUGGCACGGCGCUCAGCCGGGACGCCCUUUUGCAGUUUGCAUAUCUUGCAGAUUUCAGCAAGAAGAGCCGAGGUGGCGUCUCGGUGCGUGAAGGCCAAGGUGUUGUGCUGAUGUGCUCGCCCCCCCCUCACUCUCCAGAGAUCAUCUAUAGUUGGGUGUUCAACCACUUCCCGUCCUUGGUGGCGGAGGACAGCCGGCGCUUGGUGUCGCAGGUGACAGGGAACUUGUACGUGUCCAAGGUCCAGCCCUCCGACGUGGGCAGCUACAUCUGCCUGCUCAAGAACACGCUCACCAACGCCCGCGUCCUCAGCCCGCCCACGCCGCUCACCCUCAGAACUGACGGAGUGAUGGGAGAAUACGAGCCCAAACUGGAAGUCACCUUCCCCUCAUCCCUGUCAGCUGCCAAGGGUGUGACCGUCACCCUGGAGUGUUUCGCCCUGGGCAAUCCAGUUCCAACCAUUACGUGGAGGAAACUGAAUGGAAACAUUCCCAAAAAGGCCAGACUUCGCAAGUCUCAGGCACUUCUGGAGAUUCCUGACAUCCAGCUGGAGGACUCGGGGACCUACGAGUGCAAAGCUGACAAUCCUCGAGGAGGAGUCACCUUUAAAGGACUUCUGCAGGUCUACGCAUCACCAGAGUGGGUGAAGAAGAUGGAGGACAGGCGGGUGGACAGUGGAGAGACUCUGCAGUGGGAGUGCAAGGCCACAGGGAGACCCAGGCCCACAUAUCGCUGGUUACGUAACGCUUUACCUUUGACGUCGCAGGGUCGAAUAGAGGUGGUGAACGGCCAGCUGACCAUCCACCAAGUGCACCCUGCAGACUCAGGAGUGUACCAGUGUGUGGUGGAAAACACCCACGCUGCACUCUAUGCCAACGCUGCACUCACCGUUUUAGCAUCACCGCCCGUCUUCUUGGCCAACGCCGUGCGAGUCAUGGCCACACUUGGCAAGGACGUGUCCAUGGAGUGCGAAGCGCGCGCGUCGCCCAAAGCCAGGAUGAUGUGGCGGCGAGGAGAGCGCAGGAUCCAGCCCAGCAGAAGGUUCCUGCUGCUGAGGAACAACACUUUGAAGAUCGUCAACGCCAGUCGGGCGGAUGAAGGGGAGUAUGUGUGCCGGGCGGAGAAUCAGCUGGGCUGGGCGGAGAUGUCGGCCAUCUUGUGGGUCAAAGAGGCCAUGCGUGUGGAAGUGAGUCCCAGCAGCGUGGAGGUGACAGUGGGAGAGAGUGUGGUGCUGAGCUGCAAGGUCUCACACGACACCUCCAUGGACCUCACCUUCCUGUGGACCUUCAACCAGCAGCCAAUCACCUUCCAGCAGGCAGGAGGACACUUUGAGUACAUCCAGACUGUCAGAGCAGAGCACACCUCCACGGUGGAUCUGAUGAUCAGGAGUAUUCUGCUGAUGCAUGCUGGGAAGUACGCCUGCAAGGCUCACACCAGCGCUGACACCGUGGCUGCGGAGGCGGAGCUUCUGGUCCGAGGUCCUCCCGGCCCCCCUGGAGUGGCCAUCGUGGAGGAGAUCAGUGCCACCAGUGCCAGCCUGUCCUGGAGCCGUGGCCUGGACAACCACAGUCCCGUCAGCACCUACCAGCUGCAGGCCCGCAGCCCCUUCUCCAUGGGCUGGCACAGCGUCCAGACGGACCCAGAGUCUGUGACUGGAGACCUGGAGGCGGCCAUGGCGGUGCAGCUCAACCCUUGGGUGGAAUACCAGUUCCGAGUGGUGGCCAGCAACGCAAUCGGAACUGGAGACCCCAGUGCACCUUCGAGAGGGGUCCGCACUAAAGAAGCAGUGCCGUCUGUGGCGCCCGCCAAGGUGAGCGGUGGCAAUGGUCGCAGGCACGAGUUGGUCAUCUCCUGGGAGCCCGUGUCAGAAGAGUUCCAGAACGGUGAAGGUUUCGGGUACAUCGUGGCCUUCCGUGCUAACGGCAGCAGAGGGUGGAAGGAGAAGAUGGUGACGUGUGCAGACUCUGCCUCCUACAAGUACCGAGAUGAGACCUUCCCGCCUCUCACCGCCUUCCAGGUGAAAGUGGGCGUGUACAACAAUAAGGGGGACGGUCCUUUCAGCCAGGUGGUCAUCAUCCACUCUGCAGAGGGCGAACCCAGGGAGGCGCCAUCAGACGUCAAGGCCUCCGCCAUUUCCUCUUCACAAAUAAAGGUCACGUGGACGCCACCGCAUCCUGGUCCUGGAAGACCCCGAGGCUAUGAGGUGAGCUCCUGGAAAGAUACGGAGAAGGAAGAGUCAGGAUGGAAGCAGAGAACCUUGAAGAACGACACCUCCAUGGUGCUAGGAGGUCUAGAAGGCAACACAGGUUACUUCAUCAGAGUCCGAGGCUUCAACAACAUCGGCCAAGGUCCUGCCAGCGACACCAUCUCAGCCCACACCAGGAAAGCCCCUCCUUUGCAACCUCCAAGCAACCUGCUGUGGAUCCAAGAGGGCAACAACGUGUCUUUAAGUUGGGACCCGGUCAAGGCCAAGGACAACGAGUCUGAAGUCAUCGGGUACAUGGUGUUACUGAAGCAGGAGGGCAAAGGUCACCGCCAGGUGAGCCGCACCAUCAACCCGUCCAGCACACUCUCCCUUCCUGAGGGCGGCACCUACGUCAUCCAGGUGCGAGUCCUCAGUGAGGGUGGGGAAGGAGUGUUGUGCUCACAAGUACGACUUGUCACGUCUUCUGGUGUGCGGGUGAAGAGCGGCCAUGUUUCUUUGCACGUGUGCAGAGAGAAGCUGACGUGGACGAUGCUGAUCCUCCUUCUGGUGCCUUCAGUCUCCUGGUGAGACCUCCUGUUCGCCUUCCUGGUGAGACCUCCUGUUCGCCUUCCUGGUGAGACCUCAUGUGCUCCUUCCUCGCUGGUCUUCUGCUCUCUGAUUCCCGAGGACUUCUGGAAGAACCGGACGGUGUGGAAUAGAAAAGCGCGGUUUGGUUUUUCCUCUUCCUGGCUGCUGUGGUGCUCCGUGCGAGUGCGACCACGGACUUCUUCAACCUUUGGUACCGUCUCAUGGACUCACUCCCAGACUGCCAGGUGUGGACAAUCCCUGGAGUUCUGCCAAGUCAGCACAACCAGGAUUAGCCCCCCAAGACCACCUUAAGGUCAGAACUCUCAGUAGUCCUUCUUUUGGUACUCGCCCACCUUUUUCUACGCAACUACUUCCUGUUUUCUACUCCCAGACCAGAACUUUGACUUUGUGGUUUGUUGGACGUGAGAAAGUAGUGAGAGUGAAGCUCUGUAGCGCCCCUGCUGGCAAAUAAAUGUCAC